GCCUACAAAGGACACAAUCUCUCUUCUUCAAAUUCCUCCCCAAAAUGUCCUUUCCCAACAGCUCUCCUGCUGCUAAUACUUUUUUAGUAGAUUCCUUGAUCAGUGCCUGCAGGAGUGACAGUUUUUAUUCGAGCAGCGCCAGCAUGUACAUGCCACCACCUAGCACAGACAUGGGGACCUAUGGAAUGCAAACCUGUGGACUGCUCCCAUCUCUGGCCAAAAGAGAAGUGAACCACCAAAAUAUGGGUAUGAACGUGCAUCCUUAUAUACCUCAAGUAGACAGUUGGACAGACCCGAACAGAUCUUGUCGAAUAGAGCAACCUGUUACACAGCAAGUCCCCACCUGCUCCUUCACCACCAACAUUAAGGAAGAAUCCAAUUGCUGCAUGUAUUCCGAUAAGCGCAACAAACUCCUUCCUGCCGAGGUCCCUUCGUACCAGAGGCUGGUCCCCGAGUCCUGUCCCGUUGAGAACCCCGAGGUUCCUGUCCCUGGAUAUUUUAGACUGAGUCAGACCUACGCCACCGGGAAAGCCCAAGAGUACAAUAACAGCCCCGAAGGCAGCUCCACUGUCAUGCUCCAGCUCAACCCUCGCGGCGCGGCCAAGCCGCAGCUCUCGGCCGCCCAGCUGCAGAUGGAGAAGAAGAUGAACGAGCCCUCGAGCGGCCAGGAGCCCGCGAAAGGCUCCCAGGUGGAGAGUCCUGAGGCCAAGGGCGGCCUGCCCGAGGAGAGGAGCUGCCUGGCCGAGGUCUCCGUGUCCAGCCCCGAAGUGCAGGAGAAGGAAAGCAAAGAGGAAAUCAAGUCUGAUACUCCAACCAGCAAUUGGCUCACUGCAAAGAGUGGCAGAAAGAAGAGGUGCCCUUACACUAAGCACCAAACGCUGGAAUUAGAGAAAGAGUUCUUGUUCAAUAUGUACCUCACCCGCGAGCGCCGCCUAGAGAUCAGUAAGAGCGUUAACCUCACCGACAGGCAGGUCAAGAUUUGGUUUCAAAACCGCCGAAUGAAACUUAAGAAGAUGAGCCGAGAGAACCGGAUCCGAGAACUGACCGCCAACCUCACCUUCUCUUAGGUCCGAGGCCAGGCGGAGGCCAGGAUCCGGAGAGGGAGCACCGAGUUCCGGGGCCGAG